AUGACGGCCACGAAAGACAUGGAGGAUUUUUUCAAAACGGUGGGGGAGGUGAGAGGCCUCAUUGAAAAAAUCUCCUGUCAAGCAGAGGAUGUGGAGAGAAGACAAGCUGCCAUCCUCGCGUUUCCGAGUCAAGACAAGAGAAACAAAGAUGAGCUGGAGUUGCUGAACAGUGAGACCAAGAAGAAUGCUAAGUUAAUCAAAGCAAAGCUAAAAUCAAUGCAGAAGCCUGGGGAUGAGACCGGAGCUACAGUAGCCCAACGUAUUAGGAAUACCCAGCACUCGUACUUGACUCGGUGGUUUGCUGAAGUCAUGAAGGGUUACCAUGAGGCACAAAUUUCCUUCAGAGAAAAAUGCAAGGCAAAAAUUCAGAGACAGCUGGAGAUUGUGAAUAAAAGCACUACAGAUAAAGAGUUGGAGGAGAUGUUGGAACGUGACAAUCUUGCCAUCUUCAUAUCUGACAUCACCUCUGACAGUCAGAUUUCCAGCCAGGCUCUGACUGAGAUUGAACUUCGCCAUCAGGAAAUCCUCUGCCUCGAGUCCAGCAUUAAAGAGCUGCACGAGAUAUUUGUUGACACUGCCAUGCUGCUGGAACUCCAGGGCGAGUUAAUCAACAACAUAGAAAGAAAUGUCACAACUGCUGCAGAGUAUGUAGACAGAUCAAAAGAAGAAACAAGCAGAGCAGUGGACUACAAGAAGAAUCCUUAUAAGAUAACAUUUCGGCCGAACUUCUUGAAGUCCCUCAAGAAAAAUAGUGCCCCUGAUCCUGUGUGA